CGGACCAGUAACUUCAGAAACGAACACACUACACAGGGAACUACAGGUCUGAUCACUCAAUAGUGAAACUCAUUUACUGAAACUCGGACAUUGUUUCUGAUAAGCUAUGGAAGACUCGGAUGAAUCUCAGAUUAUUUCAGAUGAGGAUCUUGCAAAGGUCUCUGAAUUAGUGUCAAAGUACUUGUUUUUCACCAUGGCAAGCACUUGUAAAACAGAGGCUCAGAAGAAUGCAAUACUUCUCCUUGAAUUCCUGUAUUCCUCCAGAAAGGAAGGAUUGAUAUCGAGAUACUAUGGAGGAAGUACUGCAGAAGGGACCAAUCUGAAAACAAGUGAUAUUGAUAAAAUGAUUGUUGGUCCCAAUAUGUGUGUUUGCUACGAACGAGAGGAUGCAAGUGAAAUUCCAGGUUAUGUUUUUCUAAUCGACAAUAGUGAUUCUUCUCAAGGGUAUGCAAAACUUGUUCUUUUGAAGGGAGAUUCGGAUUCACCCACAAUAUUUGAAAAUCAGGAGAAAACUGUGUCGGAUAUGCUUAAAGAAAGUCAAGGUCGCAAACUUCUUUCUAGUGAAGAAGUUGUUUCAUUUUGGAUCGAUUUUCUCCAAAGAUCAGGACCAAAAUCAUCAAAAGGCCCACCAGAAACAUUUCGACAUGGACCCUGUGCAACCUCAGUUAGUACUGAUCCAAAGGGGUAUAUGAAAGAUGAAAUCGGAUGCACCAUAGAGCAAGAUUUUGCCUUCGGCAUGCCAUUUCAUAACCUACCCGAGGAGGGAGUAGAAUGGUUAAAUGAAAGGGAAAAUUACCGCUGGCCAUCCAGGGAAAUUGUAGAGAGAAUAAAAUCCUUGAAAUGCCAUGUAGUUUCUGUUGGUGAAAAGGGGUCUAAAUGCUACUCCAUGGAAUGGAGAACAUCAUAUUUAUUGUGGGAAAGAGAGCUUGUUUGGAGUUUUAACGAUGUUCAGCUCCAAGCCUAUGUUUUGUUAAAGCUACUGCUGAAAAAAUACAUCAAUACUAUUGCGCCAAACUUCUUGAGCUCAUUCCAUAUGAAAACUGUAGUAUUUUGGGAAUCAGAAAAUACAGAGAACAAUUGCUGGAAUGCGAGGCAUUUAAUUUCAUUUUUACGUCGUUGUUUACUUUACCUUAAAGCAUGUAUCAAGAAAAAAAGUCUGUUACAUUUUAUAGAUCGAAGAAAAAAUUUGUUCCUGUCUAUAAUGAACAUGAUGAAUGACACAGAAAAGCAAGUCUUAGAGAGGAUUCUCGAGAAAAUUGACAGUAUCAAUAAUGAUAUUAUUACGUAUACCUUGCAAUGCGCAGAUGGAUUACAUUUAUUACCCAUGUGGAAAACGAGUGAUUUCAGAGUUGUGGGUUUCCUUAGAAAAUGUAUGGAAACCCUACACAAGGGAUAUACGUGUGAUUUUGAUCAAUACAAAUUCCCUUACAAAUUAUACCACUACGGGCAUCAUAACGUUAAUCUUGAAAUAGUCGUAGCCGAUUUCAGCACUCUUAAACAGUACCAAGAAUCACUCAAAAAAGGUGAUACAAAUCUUGUUGAUGUCCAUGAGGAUAUCAAGAAUUCUGUAACAAGCUUUAUCAAUAUGCGUGUUGCUAUCAUUGAAGCUAGACAAAUGCUACUUAAUGGAAAGGAAAUCUCUGAAAAAAUCGUUAGCACUUUAAAGGACAACUUAAGGAUAGAUGCCGUCACUGGUGAAUUGUACUUAGCUACUUGUUUUCUUGCUAUGCACAAAUACGAAGAUGUGUCGUUACUACUAACAGAAAUUUUAAAUUCGAACGAAAGGCCAAUUUCAAUUGUAUAUUCUGGUUUCUGUUCGAUUUGCAGAAUAAUACGUAGAUCGGGUGAGACACUGGAACUAGACACAGACCUUCGAUCAUGCACAUUUCCUCAAGCUAGAUAUAUGUCUGUUAUAGCACAAGACGUUAUUUUCGCAAAAGAGGAUCAUCCACUCCUUCCCGACGCUCUGAAAUGGGAAUGUUUGCUAGAUAAAGCUUUCUGGGUUCAUCCAGCUGUGUAUUUGCUCUAUCUCAGAUUUCUGUGUUGCAAGAAAGAAGAAAAAGAAAGAAAUAUUCUGAAUUUGCAUAACACUGUGAACAAAUGCAACGGAACACUACAUAGCUUUAGACAAUAUAACAUUCUAGGUUAUUGUUAUUUUCAAAUGGAAAACUAUGAAGUGGCAUUUCAAUGUUAUGGAAUAUCUUUCGCCCAAACAUAUCCAAAUAAUACGCCUAAUUCUGCUGUGUAUAUGCUCCUCAUUGUGUUAUUCAAAACUUUUAGGAGUAGAGGACUUAUACUGUGAUAA